CCUGGUUAUUUUGAGCCUCCAGAUCGAUAUAACACAGCCAGAAGCCUUUAAAGGAGAAAUUCUAUUCGACACAUCAGAGAUAGUACCUGAUAAGUACCAGCGACGGGAACAUCGUGCAAUACCACGUCACUGCUUGAUGCUCCGAGUGUUCUGUCACCCCUUGAUCAUGAUGCAACCGGAAUCAUUCAACUGAUCACUGUUGCCAUCUUGGAAUCGAUUGUUAUACAGUUGGGCGACGCACAAAAGGAUUACAAGCAAUUGAGUCUUUCGUUAUGGGCGUUCGUGGUCUCAGACGAGACCAUCGAUCUAAUGCCAGACGCAAGAACUGCCAAGGCGGACCUGUGCCACCGCACACCGAACCUCUGCUGUGCCCAGGUGACGAUUUGAUGGCACAGCACGCUCCGCAUCUUGUAGUCACGGUUGUCACGAAGCGAGUUCAAUUUUCACCUGCCCAAGUGACGGCCAUAUCGGGAAUUGAUAACCCCUUACUACUAUACAAAUGGGAUCUUUCCGCUAUUGUCAAAGACGCUAGCCUUCUGUCCGACAAUGUUGAUACUACCCGACAAUCAGCUCCAAAGAUCAAAGAUGCUCCACGUCCUCGAAUACCCCCAGGGUUUUUUGACGGUACACGACGUGCUGAUUUGUCUACUUCUUAUACUCAAUCACAUGGACAACAAGACAGCCGCACCCUCAGUCGCUUUCCCUCAUUCUGGCGACGACACCAACACAGAGCGACUGGUCAUCACACGCAAUCUUGGUCCAGCCCUUUCAGCUGGACUCAAAACCUAGUCUCUGGCACGGUGCGCAGACGAGAUGGAUCAGACGCACAGCUGCGGGAGCCACCAAUAGUCGAGGUCCCAUGCACAGCAGGCAAGCCUAGAAACUAUCACGCUUGGAGAAAGAAGCCAACCGCCAGUUCUUCGCAAACUGCCCAUGCCCAUCCCACCCAGCAACCACCUCCCAAUGCCAAUGCCACUGCUUCGACACCUCCCGCCGUCGCUGGUGCUACGGGGACAGCAGGAACGAUCACGCGUCCUCACAUCCCAAUUACUGGAUGGCGUACUCGCCUCAUGGCCUGGGUUUGCUGCAUGCCUGUUCAGAACGCACCCUAG